AAUGGCACACUGUUUUUCUGGACAGCUGUCUUUGGUCUUGUUAUCAAAUGUCAAUGCAAUCAGAAAUCUGUUCUUAUACGAAAUUGUUAUAAAUAUUGCAUGUUAAAUGGCGUUGAAGCGAUCAGGCUUAUACAAAAGAUCUCUAGUGCGAGUGAAAUAAAAAAAAUACAAAUUAUUAGAACCUGUCAUUCACACGUCUUGCGCAUGCCGCAUUUUAUAAAAGUUGAACAUAAUCAAUAUUGCAAGAAUAACCUGAAUAAAAAUAUAUUUAUUUCAUAGUAGUGUCGCCUAAAAAUAAAUAUGGAUUCGCAAGAAGAGCUGCUAUCAUUUCUUGACUUAUUGGAUUUGGACGAAGAAUUAAUAGAUGCACCUUUACGAUAUCUCAUGGGCAGAAGUAAAUAUUCUAUGAAACAUUUAAAAAACGCAAUACAAUUGCUUCAAUAUAAAGCGCUAAUUAACUCACAAGAAGGUACAGAAUGUGAUAAUGAGGAUGAAUUUGACUUUGUCGUAAAAUUAUUAAAGGAUUUAAAUACUACAAAUAUUGAUUAUGCUUGUAAAAUAAUUAAUCUAGUACUGUGUCUAAACACAGAAGGCAUUGUGAGUAAAGCUGAACAUCUACUUCAGCAAAUACUGUCUGAAAUAGAAUUUCGGUCAGAAACACCCACUUCAGCAUUUCCAGAUAGUGAUAAGGAAAGGUAUAAUAAAAUGUUGCUUAUUCUUAAAGCUUCUGAUAGCAUUCUAAAUGCUACUAUAAAAAAUGGUGAGAAGUUGGGUAUGACCUUCUUGGAAACACCCCUGGAGAAGGUUCUUGAUACACCGGAUGAACAGCUGAAAGUAUACUUUCUGGCUAACACCGUUCCAAGGUUUAUGGAAGGAGUUGUCGGCUAUAAUAUUCUAAGCAGAAUAUGGAUUUAUCUAAAAUAUUUAAAGAGAACCAGAAAAGAUGAUGCUUUGAAAAUAUUUGGCUGCCUCUCAGACUACUACCUCCCUUCUCCUGAAGGAAAGGGAGAUAUUAAAUUUGUUUCACAAAUUAUAUUCAAAUAUGAUUUCUGGGACAUUGUACUAUAUGGCUUAACUUCAGAUGAUAUCUCACUCAGAAAAAUAUCUGUCUACCUAUCCAAAAAGGCCAUAGACAAUGUUAUUUUCUCAAACACAGAUUUAGACGUCAAAUUAAAAAACCAUACAAUAUUUGAAUGGAAAAUAAGUAAUGCUAAAGCUUUGAAAAGUAUGUGGGAUAAUUACUUUAUACUUAUUGACAGUCUAGAAGAAAAACAGGGAAAUAUAGUUCUACCUUCUCUGAAACUGUUUGAGAGUAUACAGAUUGGAGAUUGCUGGCUGAAUGCAGCAUUUAAUAUUGGUCUGAAACAUGACAACACUCAAGUCCGUUUGAAAUGUAUUGAAUACAAAUUAAAAACUGAAGUUGAGAAUCAAGGAGAUGCUGAAACAUUACUUGGAGCAUUGAAUGAUAUUAACAUUUAUGAUCAAAUCCAUGUGAAUAAAAUACUCAAGGAUGGAAUGAACAAUAUGCUGCAAAACACUCAAUCAUUCCUGAACAUUAUUAAAGCAAUUCCCAACAUUAAAUGGUCACCAGUUCCAUUCUACCACAUAACAGAUAUUCUUGCAAACUUAAACAGCAAUAUUCCUGAAGAAAACAAAACUGAAAUUAUUAAAACAAUAACAGACAUAUUAAAAGUGCCAUGUAACAGUGUUGUCUUAAGAAGAGCUGUACAUCUUAACAUAGCCAACUUUAUAAUCACUAGCUUUAAAUAUCUCGAUGCCAAAGAUGCAGCUAAUAUCUAUGAUGUCAUUCAGCUUAAGACAUCAUCAGAAAUCAAUAAGGAAAACCCUUUCAAUUCCAUUGUCAAACUAAUUUCCCUCAAGAGAGAAGACAAAACAAUUUACUUAAAAUUGUGGUCAGAAAAGAACUCUUAUAUUGACCUCAUAGUGAUGUACCUUUUCAAUAACGAAGAAGACAUUGCUUUACUUUAUGAUAUAAUCAAUGAAAAAGUUAAUAAAAUAGCUGAAGGUGUAAGCAGACAAUAUGCAGACAAAACUGAAAAUCUCAACCAUGUAAUAUACCUCAUACACAUGUCAAGCAAAACAAGAGAUAAAGAUUCUAACUUGCAUUCCAUUAAUGAACUGAUUUCUAGUCAAAAUGAAGUUUUACUGCAGUACAUAUUAAGUCUAUUUUCAAGUGAUACAAUCAUAACUGCAGAAGAUGCUAUGGCUUUGUUUGAGAAACACAAUCUCCAAUUUGGAGAGAAGGACUUGGGUGACACCUUACUGCAAAUCUACAUGACAUCUUUACUAUUUUUAAAUAACAAUGCUGAACUAGACAAGGCUGUAUUCAGCAUAUCUGCCAUCAAAAUGUUACAUAAAAACCCAGUCAUGCUAAACUAUUAUAAGCAUGAAAUGCUUGAUUUAAAAGGCUUCGUAAAUUUAGUUUCUACCCUACAAUUUAAGGAUUCCCAAAACGAAAGUGUUGGCAAACUAAAAAAUGCUUUAUAUGAACAAUCUUGUCAGAUAAUCUACAAUUUAAUUGAAGAAGAUGAUAAGAUAGAAUCAUUUAAGAAUGAAAUAAUCAAUUUGAUUGAAAAUUUGUUAGAAUGGGGAGGGUAUGGAUGUCUGAAAUGGUUGCUGAAAAUCAUGAAUAGAAUUAUAAAUUAUAUAGAAAUCAAUAAUGAGGGUAGUUUUGAUAUGACAAAAUUUAUGAACAGGGUAUGGAAUGAAAUUGAGGAAUUAAAAUCCAACAACCAGUAUUCCCCAUGCAUUGAAGAGUUUGUGGAACUACUGACACAAGAUAUGCUACUGCAAAAGUCAAUGUACAACAACAUUAUAAUAUCCUACUGCAAUAAGAUAAUAGAAAAUGGUCCUAUGAAGACAAAUCCUUUGUAUUACUUAAUAAGGAAACUAAAAACGAAAGAUUUUAAGGACUAUGGGCAUUUAGUUUACGUAUUGUGCGAGAUUUUACUUUACUGUCCAGUACCAAGGAAAGACCAGAGGAUCACUGACAAUUUAACUCUAGAGGUAAUAGAAAAAAAUAGUUUUGGGAUUAACAAACACUGCAACGACAUCCAUUUCAACUUCGAAAUCCAAUGGUUAUCAAUAGACGCUCUAUGCAGCAUCGGCGAUUUAGAAACCCUACAAAUAAUCACCAACUUCAUCACCUCUCGAAUAGAUAAUACCUUUAAAAAUAAGCUAAGGUACCAUGGAAACUCGCAAAUGCACAGGACACUGCAGACUUCUUUACAGCACAUUUUGAUCUUGAUUUUAAAAGGUAUAGAUGUUGGGAAUAUAUUGAAUUGGUGUUUCAAUCUGCUGGUGAAGUUACCACAUCAGCCCAGUGUGAGGAUUUGCUUGGACUGGAUUAUAUCACUUCAUUUUUAUAUGCAGAAAAUCGAGCUUAACGAAGAAAUGAUUCAGACUUUGAAAUCGAAUAAUGUGCCUCUUACAUCCCAAUUCUUCAUAAUUUACUGGAUAUUAAAGCACAAAAUAACGAUCGGCACGUACAGUGAAGACGAACAUGACUUUGUACUAGACUUCUUACUCUCUCACACAAUGGGACAGUUGUUCAACAUUCGUCUAAACGCUCAAUACUUAGCCAUAACCCUUUACAAACUGGCUAACAAACAAACAAGGCACCAAUACACAAUUGAUAUCAUUGAAAAGACUUUCGCCGAAAGCAGCAGUGACAAAACCUUCGCGAAGCUAGAAAAUGACUACUUCACAAACAAAUUCGAUAUCGUCGAUAAUCUGAGUCCGUAUUUCAUUUACUAUUUGCUUCCAAAGUAUUGUGAGAUCGAUAAUAAUGAGAAAGUGGAUGUCAGCUUCGUCAAAAAUGUUAUGGAAGACAUCAAUCGUAGUAUGGAUAGAACUGAAGUUGACAACGACCUUUUAAAGGAAUGGAAAGGCCGUAAUAAAAUAGAUGAGACUUUUGCCGAUGUAGAUUUGAUUAAAAGGGAUAAUACCAAUGUUAUUGGAGACUCAGAAGUGUCUGGAACAAUUCAGAAGAAGUAUGUUCCGUGGAAGAAUAUGGGUGAUGUCAACUUAUACAAUAUUGAGAAAAAGAGAGAAAGCCCCAGCGAGUUAAUCGUGGUCGCCUCACUGAUCGACAAGUUACCGAACUUGGGCGGUAUGGCGCGAACCAGUGAGGUGUUCGGCGUCCAAACAUACGUGGUCGACAGUCUGAGGCAUCUCCAGGACAAACAGUUCCAAGGACUCAGUGUGUCAGCCGAACGUUGGAUAAACGUAGAGGAAGUGCGUCCAGGCCGGCCCCUGAAGGAGUACCUCAUGAGGAAGAAAGAUGAAGGGUACUCCGUGGUCGCAGCGGAACAGACCUCCACCAGCUGCAAGCUUCAAAACUUCAAGUUCCCUAAGAAAACCAUAUUGCUGCUUGGACACGAAAAGGAAGGCGUGCCAUGCGACUUGCUGCCAAUAAUGGACCACUGCGUUGAAAUACCACAACAAGGCUUCGUCAGGUCAUUAAAUGUACACGUGACAGCCGCCAUCUUUGUAUGGGAAUAUGCGCGGCAAAAUGUCUUGUAAACAAAAUACUUAAUCAAAAAGUAAAAGAAUUUGAUAAAUUGAA